UCCGCUACUCAGCGGACCCAACCUACAGCCUUUCUUGUGCCAGCCUCCCCCGUACGUGCGCGGUGACGUAGCGUGCGUGCCCCUGCUCCUGAGCGCAGGAGAACCCGCACAGAGCUGCCAACGCCCGGCGGAGAUUCUGAGAUUCAUAUUGGAUUUGAUAUACUAACGGACUUCAGCUAUGCAGACAAUUAAAUGUGUGGUUGUGGGUGAUGGUGCUGUUGGUAAAACAUGUCUCUUAAUUUCUUACACAACAAACAAAUUCCCAUCGGAAUAUGUACCAACGGUGUUUGAUAACUAUGCUGUAACAGUGAUGAUUGGUGGGGAGCCAUAUACCCUAGGCUUAUUUGAUACUGCAGGACAGGAAGAUUAUGACAGAUUACGACCCCUCAGCUAUCCACAGACAGAUGUGUUUCUGGUUUGUUUUUCAGUGGUCUCUCCCUCUUCGUUUGAAAAUGUGAAAGAAAAGUGGGUACCUGAAAUUACUCACCAUUGUCCAAAAACCCCUUUUCUGCUUGUUGGGACCCAAAUUGAUCUCAGAGAUGACCCCUCAACAAUUGAGAAGCUUGCCAAGAACAAGCAGAAGCCCAUAACUCCAGAGACUGCUGAAAAACUGGCCCGGGACCUGAAGGCUGUCAAAUAUGUAGAGUGUUCUGCACUUACACAGAAAGGCCUAAAGAAUGUAUUUGACGAGGCGAUAUUGGCUGCCCUGGAGCCUCCGGAGCCGAAGAAGAGUCGCAGGUGUGUGCUGCUAUGAGCGUCCCUCCACAGCCCCUCUGCAAAGCUGAUGUUUGAUGUCAUACUAAAAGCAAUGUUUAAAUCAAACUAAAGAUACAAAUUUUAAAAUUUGUUUUUGCAAUAAUGACAAAUGCCCUGCACUCCCAUCUCCCCCACACUCUCCCUGUGUGAGUUGAGAAUGUUAGUGUUCAUUCCCAGUGCCCUUCCCAAUUCAGUUACAGACUAGUUAAUUUUGAGUAAUUACGUAUUAUCAGAAAAUACUGAUCAGUACUAGUUUUUUAUUUUGUUUACUGUUUCUAAUUUUUGUUUAAAAUCCAGGCAUGCUUGUGAUGACUUUCUCUGUAACAGACUAAUUCUGGGCUGUGUUACUGAAAUCUUGUCUCAAGCUGGCAAGACUCUGAUUCAUUGAUCUUCUGGGGCUAUAUUGUGUAAUCAGCAGGCAGCCUGGGUAUGAGCAUGUUUGUGACUCAGUUUUGAGGACUGAAACUAAGAUGUCCCCAGCUGGUGCUCCUUCUCUAAAAGUUGCCUUGUUAUCUCUCUCCCUCACUUUUCUCUGAGCAGGUCAGAAAUUCCUACCCUGUCCUUUUAAGUUAUGAAACCUUUGAAACGGGAGGUGAAUUGUUCCUUUCUCUGUGGAUGCACCAUCAACUUGUAUUUAAGAAAAUUAGUUUAUUAUUGGCAGUGGAGGUGAGGAAUGGGUCACUUUUUUUUCCCUCACACGACAUUACAGGCUUUAAUCAAAUGUGAAGAAAUAACUGCACAUUUUUAAGCACACCCAACUUACAGUUGGUUUUUAACAAGGAAAAACAAACGCCCAAAACCCACAUACUCCUCUCAAUCACUGAAUUGCUUGGUACGGGCAGGCUUACAAAUUACCAGUGUGGUGUUGCUAGGACACUUCUAAAGAGCCUGGGAUGUAUUAAGGUGAGUUGGGGAAGUGGUGCUGGUGGGUGCAUAUCCUACAGAACAGUUCAGCAUCCUUUUAGGAGGAGUGGAAAAAUAGACCUGCUUCAGUAGGAAAGAACUGCAGGGGAGGGAUGUCUAGUGUUUGGUGUGGCACCAUAUGGACCAGUUAAGGGAAUCCCCUUUAUCUGCAUUGUGCAUGUUAGUAACCCUAAAGCCUGUAAGAUGGGUUCCAGUCUAAUAAGGAUCAUGUAUGAGAUCUUUAGACUCCAGUGUUAAUAGGGAUUUUACCAAAACUAUAUUUUGGCUUGCAGAUUCAAAUUUUUUUAGUACAUGGGGAAUUCUUUCAGUCUUCCCAAAUUCCUAAUUCUUGUAGACUCAUUAAUGUUGAACCAAUGCUUUUUCAUGUCUAAGUUCUUUGUAUAUGCAUUCUUUUCAGAUGUAUUAAACAUAAAAUAUCUUCACAA